AUGCACAAUGACAGCUGGCCCGAGGACCCCCUAGCCCCCUUCUAUCAGGUCGACUCUGUGGACAUGGAAGACGCUGACGGGGUCAGCCUUGGCUCGCCCUCGAGCACACCGGAACCAGUCGCUGAGGAGUCCUAUACUCACGAUGACACCACGCCCAACCAAGGCGGCACCGAAUACCUAGUCGAUGUCAGUGUGGAUGACUCCCCAGCUCUGGCCUCCCCCCCUGCUGCCCACCACCUCGAAACCAAUGUCAGCCGCGAGCGACAGCUCAAAUCUGCCAUCCGGUCCCGUGCCACCUCUACUCCCUCGCCUGCAAUCGUCCGUCGCAACGACUCCAAUGGCGCGAUCCACUUCCACAACGCCUUACGUUCUCCGGCCCUCCCGCUCCUAAACCCCUCUUCCUCCCGACCGUUCACCUCUCAAUCCCGCGACAGCUUCGCAGAAGCAGGUGGCCUUGUGGUGUCAAAACCCAGCCCUUGCGGUCGGUUGUCCUCUAAGCACUCUCCCAACUUGCCGGUACGACCCGCAGGUCAUGACGGUCGCUUCACCUCAGCUCAGAAAGGGAAGAAAAAGGUACCUGCAACUGUUCAGAAGGAGUCCUCCUUCCCAGAUCUACUCUACCCUGCCAACUUCAACUUAGACAAACGUCCUCCCAAAGAAAAAGCAGGCGAACGAGACAUCCGGAUCGAACGAAACUUUAUUCGCAUUCACCAGCUCCUUACCGAAGACCAAUCGGUGUCAAACCAGCUUCCAACGGCCCUGAACAAGCUCCAGUCGGACUUCACCAACUUCAUCAACAGGUCCAAUCUCAAACCUGAGGCUCUCCCCCAACCACCUCGUCGUCCCUCUCCCAUCCCACAGCCUCUUGCCGAACCACCUCGCCUUCCCUCUCCCACUCCUAUUCCACAGAUCCUCUCCUCAUCCCCUGAUGUUCCUCUUCCUCUAACGUUCCGCGACCUUCUGUCUCGCAUCACGGAUGCCCCGUCUCAUGGAGCUACUGCCCCUCUGAAACGCCCUCCUCUGGAUCAUGACAUUGCCCUGCGUGCCUCAAAGCGUCCGCGAAUAGUCACACCUCACCAACUAGGUCACUCUCCAUCGGCUAUCAUGGUAGCCCCAGCUCGCUGGUCUCUUCCCACCUCCUCUUUUUCGAUUAUCGCUGCGAUUAAUCGUUGGCGUGCCUUCUUCGAAGCGCGGGGUGCUUCCCUCCCUGUUCCAGAUUUUGCAGAACAUCUUGAGCCAACAGACUGUGGCUCGUACGUGGUCCGUCUGUCUUUCACAGAGUCAUCGCUCAACACCUUUAUGCGAUCCUGGAAGACCCACCAACCCAACAUACCGGAGAUCUUCGAUGUCUCCAUGACCCGAAGUUCAGUUUACUGA